CCGGUUCGUGUGAGUGAGUUUUUACGAGAAUACGGAUUUUAUGGGGUUGAGAAAGUUGGUGGCUUGCAGUUGGACUGGCUUUGAUCACAGCUCUAGUGGAGAGAUGGAGGCCGGAGACCCAUUCAUUCCAUCUUCCCUUCGGAGAGGUUGGAAUUACUUUACAGGAUGUAGAGGUUUUACUGGGAUUGCCCGUAGAUGGCAAUCCAUUGGCGGGGAUGACUGGCCGAUCCAGAGACCAGUGGAUUCAGAUUUGUGAGGACAUGAUGGGAUUUCAGCCUCAAACUUCUGAUAUUACUUCUACUAUGAUUAAGAUGUCUGCCAUUGUUCCUAAGCAACUAACAGAUCAUAGUUUAGAUGUAGAUUACUUGCAGCAUGCCAGAGCCAUUAUGUUUAAGUUGUUGGGUGGUAGCCUAUUUCCCAACACGACGGGAAAUAAGUUUGUAUGGUUGCCGUAUCCGAUUGUCGAUACCCUACCACCCUAUUGUUCUGCUGGAAUCGGAAUAUGGACUUCUAGAAUCCCCUUGAUCUAUACCUACGUUGUGGAGAUGUACUAUCCCGAUCGCUUUUGCAGGCAGUUUGGUGCCCUGCAACACAUCCCUGAAGUUGUUGUUUAUGACCGUCAACUACACCAAAUUAAGUCAAGUGUUAUGCAAAUUUGGGAUGGUGGAUGCCACACCGGAGUAUCGUCAGUGGUACUACCUUCGGGGUCGACGACAGAUAGGGAACCCUGCCCAUCAGCACCGACCAGGUUAUACUGUAUGGCGGAUUGCAGUCAACGCCUUGAUCCUGGUAGGCAUCCAGAUGGGUUUGUACCUUCACACGAGGUAUUGAGAGUUCAUGAGUUGUUAACAGAGUGUGUUCGUGCUCUUGGGCAUGCAUCUAUCCUUGAUCACCCACAGGAUCAGCAUGCUUACAACCCAGGACAUAUCAGGAGACGGGUAGAUAGAAGGCGUGAUGCACCUGCUGUCGGAGUCAGACGUGGAGGGCGGGGUAGUCGGAGGUUGCAGGUCGAUGAUGAAGACGAACACAUCCCCAUUGAAUCUCCCCCUAUGACCCAGGAUGAUGAUGUUGCAGAUGGUGACGAAGAACAUAUUCAGAGCGACACACAUACACCUUCUUGCAUGGUUGAGCCGUCGAGUUCACAUCCUCAUGAAUUCCACAUAGAGCAUCCUCAGAGGCGCAUUCACGAUGUAUCAUCAGUGACGUUUGAUGGAGAUGUGUUUAGGGGUGAUUACUUUACUCAAGAAAGUCAGGUCACAAAUGAGUUUGGACAUUUUGUCUCCACUAUUACACCGCCGGUAAUCCAGCAGACAGUUGAUGACGUAGAAGUGGAGGAGAAUAUGGGGAGUGUUCUGAGUAAGGCCGGCGACGGCAUCGGAAAUGCGUUGGCGGCUCCUUUCAAGGCCGUUCUACAAGGAUCUUGCGACGACGUGUGCGCCGGAGUAUGGGAUGUCCCGUGCUUCAUCACUCAUCUCUGCGUCUCUGAUUUGAUGAAGUUGUUCAUCAUUUUGAUUCUGUGCUACAUUACUUUGUUGUUCUUCUACAUGUUCUUCAAGUUGGGGAUAUGCCAAUGCUUAGGGAGAACUAUCUGCGGAGUGUAUUGCUCAGCCUGUAAGGCUUACUGGUCUGCAAUGGGGUGCAUGGCGUGUUUCUUCUGGCAUAAACUCACACAAGUCGAGCGUGUGAACAGGCGCCGCCACCACUUUGCCGACAUUGAAUCCGGCAACAUUGACGGCUCUUUUGCCGCUAACGGUGGUGUCAGCAUCUCUGAACGUUGCCCACAUAGCCACCUCCGCCGCCGCCGCCACCAUCACCGUCCUUAUAUGGGCGGAGGAGAAGCUGGGGUUCGGGUUCAAGGUAGGCGUCUUGGAUCAACGAGGAGGAAGAAGAAGUUAAGACAUCAUCGUCAUCAUCAUGGUGGGAGAAAGGACAUUGUUGUUCUUGGCCCAAAGAUGGCAUCCUUCAAAAGAAGACGGAUUGUUGCAUAAUAGGAGUGAUGCCCAUAACAAUGUGUAAUUUUACUAGGAAUGAGAGUUGUUUAGUUUAUUACAGAGUACAAAGGAUAUUAGGGGCCGUUGCAUAUUUUUUAUGUCUUGUGUCACUCUUGGUUGACUAGUUUUUUUUUGUGCCUAUUAUUAUACUGCUUUUCACUAAUUUGUGUUACAUUUUAGUCUCAUGAGUCAUGACAAAAUACCAAAGUAAUACCUAGGGAGUAUUAUGGAACUUAAGUACUUAAAAUUCAACUUUAUAGUGAAAUGACAUCAACUUUCAAAUGAAAUAGGCAAAACUCACCACAAUAUAACAUAAAAAUCACCAUGGUUA